CCAUUAAAGAAGGAGGUCACUGAUGGUGAGCAAGGUACAGCUGCCCAAACUGAGGCCCAGAGUUUAACUCUAGAUUCGGACAAGCCGGGUCACAAUGAAAAUGCACAUGAUGGGGCCGCUCUUCUGUUUCAGGGAGUCUAUGAAGAAACAAACCACUGUUAUUCUACAGAGUCUAGAGAAGACCCCCAAGCAGCAGGAGAAACUUCUCAAGAACCUUUAGACUGUAGUAGCCAUGUUAUUGCUGAUGAAGAGGAGCAGUUUAUAAACACUCUUGAGCAAUGCACUUUAAUGGAGGAAAGCUUGAAGAAAACACUUGAUGGUCUUACCUCAAAAGAGGUUUUGAGUUAUGAAGUGGGCAGUAUAGACAAUGACUCUAGUAGGGCAGACAUUUGUGAAGGAUUAGAGCACAAUAUCUCUUCAGAAAUGGGUGAACUGGACAGGGAAAAUAGAACGUCAGGUGUCGUGUUGGAAGAGAACUUGCCACCAGAAUCUGCACAAAUUAGCUCAGACAGGAGUUCAGAACUGGAUGACAUGUCCACAGGAGAUCAUAACUUGAAGCAGUCAUUUAAUAUUUCCACUGAGUAUUCCACAGAAGCGUCUGUUGUGGAUUCCUCUAAUGUAGACCUUGUUGAGGAUCUAGAACCUGAGAAUGUAGAUGUGGAAUAUGAGUCUGACGACCUCAAGGAACUAACUGAAUCAGCUUCCAUUGACAAUACCUUGGAGGACUCUGGAGAUUUUCAAGGAAUUUCUUCAGUGGUUGGAACUGUCACUGCUGAGGUAUCACCACCUACUACCCCAGUUCAGCGUGAGGAGGAUGUCACUGCGGAGAGCUGGCGAACCAAACGGAGGCACGUCUUUGUCCUGAGUGAGGCAGGAAAGCCGAUUUACACGCGCCACGGUAACGAGGAGGCCCUGUCUUCCACCAUGGGUGUCAUGAUGGCACUGGUCAGUUUUGUCCAGAGUGGCAAUAACUCAAUCAGGUCUAUCCAUUCAGAGAACCAGAAAGUUGUCUUCCUGCAGCAGGGGCCCCUGGUAUUGGUAUCAGUAUCCACGUCCCCUCAGACGAAUGAGCAGCUAAGACAGGAACUCCAGUAUGUUUACUAUCAGAUAAUUAGCAUGUUAACUCAGGCCAGUGUAGCUCGAAUCUUCGAAAAGAAGAAGAAUUAUGACCUGCGGCGUCUCCUUGCUGGCUCGGAGAAGAUCCUGGACAGCUUGCUCGACUUGUUGGACACUGACCCUGGCUUUCUGUUGGGUGCUGUGCGAUGCCUGGCCUUACCGAGCACACUUCGGGAUUCCUUAAGCUCCUUACUGACUAAGUCCAUAACCACCAAUCUAGUGUUCUCCAUAUUGGUGGCGAACCACCAACUGGUUACUGUAGUACAAGAACGGACCGUCAUUGAGGACUGUCGUCUGGACCCCACUGACCUCCAUCUUCUACUGAACCUCAUCGGGGCCUCCUCUGCCUUCCAGGCUGGUGAGAUCUGGACUCCCAUAUGCCUCCCGCGCUUUAACCCAGACGGCUACUUCUAUGCCUAUAUCUCGUACUUGGAUCCUCAGUGCACAGUGUGUUUGGUACUGCUGUCCACCGACAAAGAGUCCUUCUAUGCUGUCUCUGACUGCAAGAGAAGAAUCCAGGAGGUCAUGGAGACCCAGAACUCUUUGCAGGCUCUAGCUGGUGCACUGCAUUGCUGCUCAUAUAGUGUGUCUCUUGUGGGUGUGCCGGAACUAUUGCACUUUAUAUACAAACCCCUGGACAUCCCGGAAUCCUACCGACAACUUCCUCAGUUUACCAGCCCUGAACCCGAUGGCCCGUAUUCCAGCGAGGAGGAGAAACAGAGGUUGUUUGACCUGUACCGUUAUCUUCAUUGCCGCAUUCACAGCUCAGCAAGACCAUUGCGCCUGAUUUACCAUGUGGCAGAGAAAGAGACCAUGCUAGCAUGGGUCACCAGCAAAUUUGAACUGUACACAACGUUCAGCUCUUUAGUGACUAAAGUGGGCGCCAUUAAUGUUAUCACCAAACUCCUCCGUUGGAUCAAGAGAGAGGAAGACCGCCUGUUUAUAAGAUAUCCGCCAAAAUAUUCCACAACUCCACUACCUGGGAAAGGGGGAAAAGCAAGUCGGACAGAUAGGGCUGAUCCUUCCCAGAAUGGCUUCUUCGCUGGUCUCUAGUGAGUGAGAAACCGUUUUUUGUUCAGGAGGACCAUGAAGGAUUGACCCUAGCAGUGCUAUGUACAGUGUAACUUGACACAUACAUGGAGACUCCCCCAUGGCUACAGAGAUGGACUAGGGCACUCCAUUGUUUUCUAGGUGCGUGAACUUUUGCACUUGAUAGGUCACUUCAUUCAAAACUAAUCCAUAGGUGAGGUUUGUUGUGCUGAACUCCACCUUCUGGAUGUUAUAUCGCUUCGGGACUUUAGGAUCUCUUGUCUUCAGAUUUCACUGCUUUGCCCCCUUCCCACAUAGUCUCACUCCUCUUACUACAUUCUCCAUUAAUAAAUAACAAUUUAAACAGGUAGAGUGAUACCUUCAUUGUAAUGGCUGCAGCAGGUAGGCAGAGCUCGGAAGUAUUAUAGCUCUUGGGCACUUCAGAAAGACUUUCCAAC